UGACGAGCUGAUUUGUAGUGUGUGCAUAGCAUUAGGACAGUGUGCAGCUGCCAGCGACGGCCGCGUUCUUGCAAUAAGUACGAUGAGUCUCCUCACCGACGGCCCGUGCGUACGCCGAGCCGUGACCAAACGUAAUUGGGACAGCAGCAAAGACUGGAAGGUGGGCGCCACGGCUCACCGUCUGACACCCGACUACGAGCAUGAACCCGUCCACGUUUCUGCCCGGUUAGAAAUGCUUCGGAGCUUGGACGCAGUCCACUAUGCUGACCACGGUCUGCGCUCGGAGGUGGACCGUCUGCUACGCUUGCCGCUGCUAAAGGGCUGGCCAUCGGGACCGGUUUUCCGAGGAUCGACGGUGAGCGAAGCGCCCUUGACGACAGAAACUGCACAAAGCGCUGCUGGGCGGCGGUCAAGGAUUCCGUCAUGGCCGCCGACUAAGAUGGCGACGAGCGCGAAUUUGCGGCCACCUUCGGAGGCGUCUUUCGAUGGCUGCGCCUUCUGCCGCACCAACGGAGAGCGCCGCUCCUUCUACACGAGUCAUGCUCUGCGAGAGGACAGCGGCCCUGGGUCGAAGGGUCGCGUCACAUGUCCAGUGUUGCGCAACUACCAGUGUCCCCAGUGCGGAUAUCCCGGAGGAGACGAAGCGCACACGCUGCGUUACUGCCCACUGAACAAGGACUACAUCGCCCCGUCGGUGUACAAGACGCCGCGCAAGUCUAACGGACAACCUCGCAGGCGCCCUCGAGCGGCUGGGGGAUCACAAUGCUUUGGUUCCCAAGGCAAGCCCUCGCCGGACGCUUCCGUCUCUGCCCGUAGGGUCGACUCGAGGAAACCAUCGGAAUCGCAAGUGUGCCCUGUUGGUCCGCGAAUUCGACAAAGCUUUUCGAGAAGCACUGUAAGGGGGCCGCGCAGCGCCGUUGAAUUUCAACGCUGGUGAGGGGUCAAUCAAUCAAUCAAAAAGGGGGAAUUAAUUACAAGUUUUGAAAAUUUUGUGCACAAAUAGUUGAACCGAUACCGUAAAUGGCGAGUGACAGGUCCAAUACAGAGAAAAUUUUGUUAACAUGCAGUUUUUUACCUCUUACUUGUCGACGCGAUUAUUCGUGGCUCACAGUGAGUCAGUAUUUUUUAG